UAAGUGAACAGUCUGUAAAUAGUAUGGUCCACCAGUGAUAGUAAUACUAAAAAGUCUAAUGCUGCUAUGAUCUACAAUUAUAACUCAGCUAGUUUUAUGUCACUGGGGGUUUUACUGAUUGGAGUGUGUUUGGUCAGAGCCUUCCUAAUUCUCCUCCUCCAUGUCCCAUCCACCAGCUGCUCGAUGGCUCUUUAAAUAUUGACACCGUGUUCGCCUCUCGCAGCCCACGGACCAGGCCGAGGGGCAGACCAGUCCAAGCGGGGCGGCCCGUCCAUGAGCUGCGGCCGGCUGCAGCUCUCCUGUCCUCCUGCAGGAGGCAGUGCAGCGGGGCUUCUGUCCAUGGUGCUGAAGAUUCGGCUGGAUCUGUCCGGGGUGCUGAACAGCUCAGGGGACCUGGGCUCAGUCUGAGGAUGCUGUCACACUGAUUCAGUCCAUGCCACUUCCUUCUGGUGCUGUAUUGUGGUUGUGUGAUACAGUGAACAGAAUCUGUCUGCCAGCCCGGAGAUGUCGGUGCGGAGGGGGAGGGGAGGGCAGUAAGGAACCGGGUUGCUCUGGUGUGUUUCAUCCAACAGAGAAUGAGUUCAGAGGUCGGACACUGAGGCAACAGUGGAUGAGAGUAAAGACAAUCAACCAGAGAGGACAAGCAUCAAAAUGAGCCAAGAUACUACAGAGACACGAACACGAACCCGCUCCAAAGGUAUCCGGGUUUUAUCCGAAGUCGUGGGACAAGAGAUGAAGCAGGAAUUAAGUAGCAGCUGUCCCACCCCAGGAUGUGAUGGCAAAGGCCAUGUCAGUGGAAGAUACUCACGACACAGAAGUGUGCUGGGAUGCCCGAUUGUAAAGAAAAGGAAGCUGGAGGAGGCUGAGGCUGAGGAGAACCAGUCUGCUCCCAAGAGGAGGAACCAGCCUGUCAAACAGCCAGCAGAUGAAGGUUUCACUGCAGACAGUGAGGAGGAAGUGGAGGAGGAAGAAGAAGACCUCAAAGAGAAGAAGAAAAACAAAACAAAAAGUAGGCCUGAGGAUAUAAAAGCAGACUGCUCACUGAGGAAAGACGUCACAGAAACAGCAGUUUGUCCUGCGGCUAAAGAUGGCAAGAAUGAAGGCAUCACCUCGGAGACUGAGAACGAAACUGACAGUGAGAAAAGUGAGGAGGCGAAGCCAGUAAUCCUCACAGAUGAUCAUAAGCAGGAGGAAACUGAGACCAAGGAGGAGGAAGAAGGUCAGCUGGUGAUCAAGGACCAGGCAUCAAAGCAAGCUGAAGAAGAAACAUUGGUUACUGUGCUAAAAGACACAAAAGAAGAGGAUGAUGAGAAAGCUGAAGAAGAAGAAGAAAAUGACGAGGAAGAGCAGCAAGAAAGGCAAGCAAAUAUUGUAGAAGAGAAGGAGGUGGAAAGACAGAUGAUAGGGCAGGAAAACUCUGAUCACCAGUACUCCAGUGGAGAUUACAACCAUCAGGCCAAAGAAUCAAUGGAGGACCAGAGUAAGAUGGAGGGACGAGAGGAGGAGGAGGAGGGCGAGGAGGAGGAGGAAGAAGAGGAAGAGGAGGAAGGAGAAGAGAGGGAGGUCCACCAAGGGUUUACUUCUCCUUACACUUUGAGUCCAUGCACUCAGGGAUCUGAAGCCGCACUCAGGGAAGAAAAGGUCAACACUCCCAUGACUGAAGAAGAGGAAGAUGAUGAAGAGCCAGAGGAAGACAGGGAGGAAGAGGAGGAUGAGAGGCAGGGCAAAGAAGCUGGAGAGGUGGUGGAGGAGGAAGACCAAGACUCUAGCAAAGCCUCUUCGACUACAGUGGUUAUAGAAGUCCGCUCUGAGGAGGAUGAUGAUGAGGAUGAAGAUGAGGAGGAGGAAGAGGAGGAGGAAGAGGAAGAGGAGGAUGGAGAGGAGCAGGAUCGUCUUUCAGAGGGCUCAGGAAUCACAGAUGACUCAGAGAACUGGGAUAUGACUCGGGGGAACCUGGGGCUUCUGGAGCAGGCCAUCGCCCUGAAGGCAGAAGAGGUGAAGGGAGGUCAGGAGGCGCAGGGCUCCCCAGACUACCAUCCAUACAGCACCUCCAGCAAAAACUGUGAGCCUGCUGCUGCAGCCCGCCGCGCCGCACACUACAGCAAAGAGAAGAAGGAAGUGAAGUGUCCCACCCCAGGGUGUGAUGGGACAGGUCAUGUGACUGGGCUGUACCCUCACCACCGCAGUCUAUCUGGAUGUCCUCAUAAAGACAGAAUCCCUCCAGAGAUCCUGGCUAUGCAUGAGAACGUCUUGAAGUGUCCGACUCCUGGCUGCACAGGCCAGGGCCAUGUCAACAGUAACCGCAACACACACCGCAGUCUGUCCGGCUGCCCCAUUGCAGCUGCAGCUAAGCUGAAUAAAAGUCAGGACAAGCAGGUUCAUUUACAAGCUUCAGCCAGUGAACCCUCCACCAACUCUGACAGGGUGCUCAGGCCAAUGUGUUUUGUGAAACAGCUGGAGAUCCCUCAGUAUGGCAGCUACCGGCCCAACACGGUGACCACCACACCUCGAGCUAACCUGGCCAAGGAGCUGGAGAAAUACUCAAAAGUGUCUUUUGACUAUGCAAGCUUUGAUGUCCAGGUGUUUGGAAAGCGUAUGCUCAUUCCAAAGACACCCAGCAGCACUGAAACGUCACCCAAAGCCUUCAAAUGUAAAUCAUUCCCUAAGGCCUCCUCCCCCAGUCACAGUGUGUCAGGAGGCUUUUCUAAGAGCGCCUCAUCCUCUAGUAGUUAUGACUAUAGCCAAGAUGCAGAAGCAGCUCACAUGGCAGCAACGGCCAUCCUCAACCUGUCCACCCGCUGCUGGGAGAGGCCAGAGACUCUCAGCACCAAGGCCAGGGAGCCUUGCACCAAGGAGUCAGACAUUGAGGUAGAUGAAAAUGGCACCUUGGAUCUCAGCAUGAAGAAGACCAAGAGGGAUGGUAUGCAGCCUUCAGAGCCUUCAUCCUCCUCGUCUUCAUCCUCUCAACUCAUUGGAGCCACCUUGUCUCAGGGCCACACUCAGCCAGAGUGGGAGGGGCCAUUGGAUUUCACCAAACCAAGUGGAGUCAAAGAGGAAGACCAUGAAGAGGUGGAAUAUAUGGCUCCCUCAUACACCUCAUCUGAUGGUGAGGAAGAGGACCAGGAAAACCUGGAGGACAGGAAGUACCCCGGUGAAGUCACCACGAGCAGCUUCAAAGUCAAGUUUCAGCCCAAAGACAACAAAAAAGAGAUUCUUGUAUGUCCUACCCCAGGCUGUGAUGGAAGUGGACACAUCACUGGCAACUACGCAUCACAUCGAAGUCUGUCAGGCUGUCCUCUUGCUGAUAAAUCACUUCGGACCCUCAUGGCUGCCCACACAGCUGAACUAAAGUGUCCGACUCCGGGCUGUGACGGGUCAGGCCACAUCACUGGAAACUACGCUUCACACAGAAGUCUGUCCGGAUGCCCACGAGCCAAGAAGGGUGGGGUCAAAUCAACUCCCACUAAGGAUGACAAGGAAGACUCUGAGCUGUUAAGGUGUCCAGUUCCUGGCUGUGACAGUCUUGGCCACAUCAGUGGGAAGUAUGCCACCCACCGCAGUGCCUAUGGCUGUCCACUGGCAGCACGCCGGCAGAAGGAAGGUCUUUUAAACGGCACUCCCUUCUCCUGGAAGGCCUUCAAGACAGAGGGCCCUACCUGCCCAACACCAGGCUGCGACGGCUCUGGACAUGCAAAUGGAAGCUUCCUGACACACCGCAGUCUGUCAGGUUGUCCCAGAGCAUCAGCAAAUAAGAAGAGAUCCAAGUUCCCUGGAGACGAAUAUAUCACUGCAAAGUUCAGAGCCAGUGAUGUUCUGGACAACGACGAGGACAUUAAGCAGCUCAACAAGGAGAUCAAUGAGCUGAGUGAGUCCAACUCAGAAAUGGAGGCUGACAUGAUGAAUCUGCACACUCAGAUUUCCUCAAUGGAGAAGAACCUGAAGAACAUGGAGGAGGAGAACAAACAAAUCGAGGAGAGGAAUGAGGCCCUGUUCCUGGAACUGUCCGGCCUGAGUCAGGCCCUGAUCCGCAGCCUGGCAAACAUCCACCUGCCGGCCAUGCAGGAGCCGUUGUCAGAGCAGAACUUCGACAGCUAUGUAGAAACCCUCACCCACAUGUUUACUAAUAAAGACUGCUACCAGAACCCCGAGAACCGGGCUCUGCUCGAGUCCAUCAACCAGGCGGUGAAGGGCAUCGAGGUGUGACGAACAGCAGGACACAGGGCGGGCAUCACAGUGAAAACAGAAAUCUUUUUUUCCCUCCAAACCCUUUAGAUACUGUAUGCAAUUAUUUUUUCUCAUUUGGAACUUUGUCAUCUGUUCUCAGCAUUUGUUUGCUGUUUGCAUGUUGCUUUAUGAUGGUGUGAUCGUGAACAGAUUAGGGUGUGGGUGUUGAGUGUGUAGUAGCACACUGGACUCAAACUGUUGCUGUAAGCAAAGGCAUCACAAGGUAUCCACUGACAGGCACAGAGAGUGCAGAACAAAGUCAGGAGUUCAAUAUACAGCCUGGGCAAAUAGAAUCUCUUAGUUAGUGAACAUAUCCCACCUCCACUCAAUAAUGUUAAUAGUAUUCUAUAUGAGCAUAUUGGUGUUGCACCUCCAGGACUAGUUUGUAGCUUCAUUCUUACUAUUGCUGUGUAACUAUUCUUCUUUUGCAAAUGUUGGUUUAAUAACAACGUAUUUAUUCAUGUCUGCUGUUUUAUUUUUUUAUGUUUGCCUAUUUAUUAUUCAUUAUCUAUUUACAUUUUUUUUUUU